UUAGUUCUCUUCGGCUUAUAUUCAUAGAAUUUUAAAUAUGGUGUGCGUACUUAUUCAUGCCAUAAACUGUGAUAUUCCAGAUGUUAAUUGCUAAUUUUUUUCAUGCCGAAUGGAAAGGGAAGAAGCAAUUGAAGGCACAUCAUUUUUUCAAUUGGGUGAUGACACACGACCACUAGAUAAUUGGUUGACUGAACCCGAAGAUGAUGGCCCUCUUGUUUUUCACCGCGUUAAUUCUAAAGAAAUUAUUUAUCAAACACGUAAAAAGAAAGCGAAAGUUAUUGGGAAAUAUGUUAUGGGUGAUGUAUUAGGGGAGGGGUCUUAUGGGAAAGUAAAAGAAUUGUUAGACUCUGAAACUUUAUGUAGGAGAGCUGUAAAAAUAUUAAAGAAGAAAAAACUAAGAAAGAUUCCUAAUGGAGAACAAAAUGUACAAAUGGAGAUUUUGCUUUUAAAAAGACUAAACCACAGAAAUGUUAUCAAAUUAGUGGAUGUUUUAUAUAAUGAGGAGAAGCAAAAAAUGUAUAUGGUAUUGGAAUAUUGUGUAUCAGUACUUCAACAAAUGCUUGAAAGUUUACCAGAAAAGAAAUUUCCUAUUGGACAAGCUCAUGGGUAUUUCUGUCAAUUGUUAGAUGGUUUAGAAUACUUACAUAGUCAAGGGAUAAUUCAUAAGGACAUAAAACCUGGAAACCUGCUAUUAACUACUUGCAAAACAUUAAAAAUAUCAGAUUUGGGGGUUGCUGAGGCUCUAGAUAGAUUUGCCGAAGAUGAUAUUUGUUACACAAGUCAAGGAUCGCCUGCUUUUCAACCUCCUGAAAUUGCCAUUGGUUUAGAGAGCUUUUCUGGAUUUAAAGUUGAUAUUUGGUCUUCUGGCAUUACACUAUACAAUUUUACGACUGGAAAAUAUCCAUUUGAGGGUGAUAAUAUUUAUAAAUUAUUUGAGAAUAUUGGAAGAGGAGAAUUUGAAAUUCCAGAAGAUUUAGAUCCAUCUUUGCAAGAUUUACUUUUAGGUAUGCUUAAAAAGGAUCCCAAAGAAAGAUAUACCUUACAGAUGAUAAGAGAGCAUGACUGGGUCAAAAAGAAAUAUUCUGAUUCUGAUCAACAACCUUGUACUAUUUCUUACAAUGACGGAAAUGAAUUUCGCAGUAUGUCGGUACUUCCAUAUCUUCAAGACUUACAUUAUUCACAAAGGGAAGAUGACGAUAGCGAUUCUCAAGAGUUUAUUACUGAACAUGACCUUCAAGCUAUGAGAAGACAAGGUGUUGUACAUCACCGAAAUUCUGUUCAACAAACGGGUAGUAAAGUUCGAAAACAAUUCAAAUCGUUGGGAUCUUUAGCUUCAAAUCGUUUAACAUUCUGCAAACAGUCCUGACACAUAAUGCAAAUGCUUGCAAAUUGCUGGUUCAGAAAUAUUUUUUCCUGUUUAAGCUGCACAGCAGAUGGUAAUGAAUAAAUCAAAGAUUGUAUGUGCCCAGGUCAAAUGUCAGAAUAAUCAGUUGGCUAAGUCUCUUCAGUUUUACCAGUUUCACCGUUCAACAAGUGAGGGGAAUAUAACAACAACCAGAUAUGGAUUGUCAAGGUUGGUUGUUAAAAAUAAGGUAACCAUUGUCGUAAAAAGCAUUGAAAAAUUAAACUGUUCUAAAUAUGUUCUUCUGCACAGCUUGCCAAUGAGAAGAAAGAAAAAUAUUUCCUACUUUUUUUAUUUCUUUAUUUUGUGGAGUGUUUUGUCAGAUAUGAGAAAUCGUAAGGGAAUAUUACAUUAAGAUAUUUUUACUAAGAGAUAAUCAAAAGAUUAUGUUGUUGCGUCAGAUCAACUGUUAGACAUCUAAUCAAAGAAACAACAGUAAGAUAGCCUACUGUUGUUCUGAGGCGACAAUAUUGUAACUAUUAAAUCUGCAUUAUUUAUAACUUUUGUAUUUUUAAUGACAUAAAUAAAAAGUUUUAUCCAUAAUUUUUUCACUUUUUUUAAUUUAUUUGUUAAUUUUUUCAACUAAGGAACUACUAGCAACAUCCCAAAGUCAUUUAGGUUUAUAUAAACUUUCUAUGCUGUACUUGACCCAAAUUCUUAUGAUA